UACACGACCGGACCACCAAAUGAUGUACUUUGGUAAAAGAUCUGAAGAAGAGACACGACCCGACCACCACAUGAUGUACUUUGGUAAAAGAUCUGAAGAAGAAGAAAAGCGACCUGACCAUAAAGCAACACACUUUGAGAAAAAAACUGUCAAUAAAGUAAAUGAUCGUUUAAGAUCGUGGCCUGGAGAUUUGGUUGGUAAUAAUUAUGAAACAGGUGAUCACAAUAUGAUAUACUUUGGGAAAAGAACACAAAUUUAUGACAACCAAGAAAACCCUGUGUCUUCCUUGCUUAAUUUAUACGGUUAUACUACCAGUCCAAUAAGUAAGAAAUAUGGUUUAAAUUACUAUGGUGCAACCAAUCCUGUUCUUUCUUUCAGUUAUAGCCAGGAUCCUCUAUUUCAUGAGAUGAAUCAGCCCUCACUAUUUCCUGGAAAUGUGGCCGGAGAAGCAAAACAAGAAAGUGAUGAAACUGUAAUGAUCCCACUAGUCAUAAAAUCAGUUCCAGGUGAAAAAACCGAAGAAAGUAAAUCGUCUAUGACAAAUCAUUUUGAAAGACGAUCAUUGAAAAACGAGGAAACAAAAGGUACUCAUUCCAUUAAAAAUUACGAUUCAGAAAUGUUGUCUUCUAAACAGAAGAAAAGCUCUAUUUAUUCAUCGAGAUUCUCAUUCAAGAAUAAGAUCAAGCCAAAACUUAACAGUAAAAACAGUCAGAAGUCAAUGGGUCACAAUAGAGUAAAAAGAAGCAUAUCAGCUUCUGAUGAACCAGUAAGUGAUGUCGCCGAAGACUUUGCACCAUACUCAGGAUAUGAGAUUAUAGCUGAUAACCAGGAUGAAAUUCCUGUUUCUAAAAGAUGGUCCUUCGAAAACCCUGAUUUAUUCUCAUUUCAUUCAGUAGAAACACUGGAACCAGUUAUAACUGAGCAAUUCCAAAAUCGAUACCCGAGUUCACAAUAUUACUUUAGAGAAGACAGAGAUACCAACAGAAAAGAUGGAGAACGAAAUGCCUUUUUACACUUUGGCUAAAUUUGAAAUUUUAUCCUGACA